AUGAUUACUAAUGAUAUUUCUAUUCUUGGAAUUGCUGAAACAUGACUGAAAACUUCCUUAUAUAUUCAAGGAUUUAUCUGAAUUGGAAAUAAUGGGCCAAUUGCUGGCAACAGAGGAUCAGGCGGAACUGGGUUACUAAUACAUGAAACAUUUGCAAAUCUAAUAACAUCAAUUGAAACUAACAAUCAUAGAAUAACAGCAACAUUAAUUGAAGAUUACUUAAUAAUAGUAGCUUAUGCCCCAGUAGUAGCAAAUCACCAAAGUAAGAAAUCAAUUGAUGACUAUAUUGACUUUAUCAUAGAAGUUCAAGAAAUUAUUCAAAAGAAUCAAAAGGAUAGACGUCAAAUAGUACUAUUGGGUGAUUUUAAUGCACAUCUAAAAGGAUAUUUAUCUGAAAUCGAUGAUCUAACAGGAGAGAUAUUUUCUAAAUUUAUAAAAGAUUCUCAUCUAUACAUUCUCAAUGAUAUGCAAAUAUCAACUUUUAGAGGUCAUAAUACACACACAAUUAUUGAUUACAUUCUCUCAAACUCAACAUCAGAAAUUAUUUAUAUAGAAGUCCCUCAAUUAAAUACUAACCAUAUUUUACUCCUAUCACGCAUUUCGAUAAUUAUAUCAUUAAGAACUCAAAAAACAAUUAUUCCAUGAUAUAAACUAGAAGGAGAUGAACAUGAAGGCUUUAAAAGUAGACUCUUUCUUAAAUUCAAAGAAAAAGGUAUUUUCAUAACAAAUAACCCUUCUCAAAUCUAUACCGAAAUAAAGACUAUCUUAGAUGAAGAAUCAAUUAUUCUAAAAACUAAAUUACAGCCUGAUCAUUUUAAAACUCCAGAAAUGAAAAUUUUAACUCCCCCCCCCCUCCGUGAGCGAACAAAAAAAUUUUGUUCACUCACGGAGGGGGGUAAUUUUUUUUUUUUUUAAAAAAAAUUUAUAUAUAAAUUUUAUAUAAAAAAUAUUUUUUUCGAAAUUUAAAAAAAAUCCUAAUUUGCAAAAAUUGGGAAGCAAAUACUAAUUUAAUUUGCAAAAUUUAUGUUUUAAAACGCAAUUUGUUUAAAAUUUAAACAGAAUUAGCUCUAGAUUUCAUUAUACUAAUUAUCACUUAUAUAGCAAAAUUUUUUUCUAUUAAAAUUUUUUCUAUUAAAAAUACUUUUGUUCACUCACGGAGGGUGGGUUUUUGGUGUCAAAAAAUGGCGAUUUUUCUAAUGGUUUUGUUCGCUCACGGAGGGGGGGGGGGAGUAAGGAAAAGAAAUAGCAAACUCAAAGAAUGAAUCAAAUUUUGCUAUUCUCAGAAAAAUAAUGAAUUUAUUGAAAGAAUACGGAAAGUAAAGAAAAUAUGCAUUGAUCAGUUAAAAAGACUAGAUAGAUAUGAAAUAAUAAGUGAAAAUAGAUUAAAACAAUGCAUAAAUGAUCCCUAUGGAGCUUGAAACAAAAUAAAAAGAUUAUUGAAUAAAAAAAAACUGGUCUUACCAAUGAAUGCAUUUGAGAUUCAAUCUUGAACAAAAGAAUUUGAAGAUCAAUUUAGGAGUACGAUAUCUUUUAUUCCACAAGCAGGUUGUCUAGAAGAUGAACUUUGAAACUCAAAAAAGAUUGAGAAUAUUAUUAAAUCUUUGCCUAACAGAAAAGCUCCUGGACCAGAUAAUAUAACGAAUGAAAUAAUAAAAAAAGGAGGAGAUAUAAUGGUAGAAGCAAUAACACAUUUUUUAAAUACUUGCAGAAUUUAUGGUAUACCGGAUGUUGCAAAUGAAGCUAAGACUAUUCUUAUAUAUAAAGGUAAAGGAAAUCAUAAAGAACUGAAGAAUCACAGACCUAUAACAUUAAUGAACAGUUUUAUGAAGAUUCUUGACAAGGCUGAACUAAGAAAAAUUGAAAAGAACGUUAAGAUCUCAGAUAGACAACAUGGGUUUAGAAAAGGAAAAUCAUGCAUAACACAAAGUUUCUUACUGAAAAAUACCUUAGAAUAUCGAAAAUAUUACAAUAAAGGGAAAAAGAGUGAUUCAUAUAUACUUUUUAUAGAUUUUUCGAAAGCAUAUGAUUCUGUGGAUAGAACUAAACUCAUGGAAAAGAUAAAAAGUAAGAGAGUCACAGAUGAUAGUUGAAAAUCAAUCUCCCAGAUGAUUAAAGGAGAAAAGACUACCUUAAUAAUCAACGGAAAUGAAACAUUUAAAAUCGAUAUUACUAAAGGGGUUAGACAAGGAAGUGCGAUUUCUCCAUUACUAUUUAAUAUCUAUAUCGAUGAUAUUGAAAAUGUAACAAAAGAUAUUAGCCUAGAAUUAAUUAAAAACGAGAAUUUAUACUCAAAAAUAAAUUUUCAAUAUGCAGAUGAUACAGCUUUUAUUACAGGAAAAUGUGAGGAUCUACAGUCAAUUCUUAAUAAUCUUAAAAAAUGAACAGAAAAAAAUGGUAUGGAUUUAAAUAUAGGACCUGAAAAAACGGCAUUGAUGACAAUUAUUAAUAGAAACAGAAAAAAUACCCUCCAAAAAUUACCCAAACUACAUUUUAAAAGAACUGAAAUUCCAAUAGUUGAUAAAUAUAAAUACUUAGGAAUUGUUUUUAAAGGAAAUUUAAAAUCAACAGGUUUAGAUCAAUCACAAUAUGCUUAUUUAAAAAAUAAAGCAAUAGGUACAUGUAGUUCAUUUAUACCAGCAAUUAGAAAAAUGCUAAAUAUCCCAACUACAACAUUAAUUAACUGCUAUAAAGCAAUAUUUCUUCCGAGAUGCACAUAUGGAUUGGAAAUUUGCUCAAGAAAAAGAAGUAAAACUGCAAUUAUUUUUAUCCAAAGAAUGUUCAAUAAAAUUAUUAGAGAAUGUUGCCACGUAUACAGCAAAACACCAAUAGAGCCUAUAUUACUUGAUUUAAAUAUUCCUACAGUCGAACAAUAUAUUGAUCAAAAAUCAUUGAUAUUUCUACAAAAGAUAUAUGAAAUGAACUCAUAUUCUGAAAUUUCAUUACAUUUUCUUAAAAAUUUAAAGGACAGAAUAACACCAACUCAAGAUUUAUAUGCAAAUUUAUUGAGCAAGUAUGAAUUAAAUUUACCAUAUCGGUACUCUGACAGUGAAGUAAAUUGAAUUAACAAAGACUGAAAGAAAGACGUCAAAUUAAAAGUUAAAAGAUACUGGCAAAAAAUACAUGAAAAAGAAAUUGAUAAAAAGAUUACACUAAAAACGUACAAAUUCUUAAGAGAGAUUAACCUUAACUCUAAAUGUCAACUGCAAUUUUGAAAUCUAAAUAAAAACUUGGUAAGUGAAGCGAGAAUUAAAGCAGCAUGAAGAUACGCAGCAGGACCUGCACAAACUCUAACAGCCCUAAGACACUCAAAGAAAAAUCAAAAUAUUAAUCAAAAUGAUAUGUGUAAUUUAUGUAAAACGAAAGAAACAGAGAAACACAGCAUAAAUAUAUGUAUCAAAUACAAGAAUGAAAGAAGAGAUUUUAUCAAUCAUUUAAGAGAUAUUAUUGGAGUAAAUUACGAAAGAACCACACCAUAUCUAUGACUCAUAAGUGAUGUAUCUGAAUUAAAAGAAUUAGCAAACCUUUAG